UUCGGGGGUUUCCUCCGGGUACUCCAGUUUCCUCCCCCAGUGCAAAUACAUGUGCUGUAGGUUGUCCGUAGUGUGUGAGCGUGUGUGUGUGAUUGUGCCCUGCACAUUCAGGGUGUCCCCCGCCUCGUGCUCUGAGUUCCCUGGGAUAGGCUGCAGGUUCCUCCGCGACCCUGUGUAGGAUAAGUGAUAUGGAAAAUGGAUGAAAGGAUGGAGGUGUUGGAGGGGUGAAAUAGAGCAAUUGUUAUGUAUGAACACCGGAUAACUGCCAGGGUUCCUUGUCACUUGGGUCCUAAGGGAUUGUCAGUCAUUACUAAGGGCAGUUUAUAGUACAGUCACUACGUAACCUUGUGUCGAAGGUCUGGGCAUGUGGGUGCACACAAGGCGGUCGUGCACCAGCGUUUGGCUUGGAUCUGGUUGGUGCAGGUAAGCAUUCGGGUGCAGCACACGCUGCACCUGAAUGCUGCACAAUCAAGAUGUGAUUUUUCAAGAUGUGAUUUUUUUCCACAUCGCUGUGUGAAGUCUGAAAAGAGCUACAUGAGAAAAUACAUAGUUAUAUGUAUAUAGCUGUCAGGGAAAUGUGUAUAUUUAUAUAAUGUAGUGGUUAUAAUGUACUAGAUUAAUGGUGUUUUCACAUAUACAGUAGUUCUUUUCAAAUUCAUGUCUAAUCAAAUGUUUUUUGAUGCAAAACAUGUGCAUACGACACAUGAGCACUAGAUGGCACCAUUUCUUCCAUUUGAAACCUUUUCUUUUUGUGGGAAUAUACUUAAAUAACAAAUAAUAAAUGCACAUUUUCUCUGUGUUCCUUAAUAAUUCUUGAAUUGGUGUAACAUGCCUGUGUUAGUAGACUAUGUAUAGUAGGUUGGUGUAUGUUUAAAAGUAUUUACACCCCCAAGCACAGUAAGGAAGAGGUCUCCUGAGGGAACAGCUAUGGCAUCUGUUACUGUCGUUAGAGAAAUCUCUUGCUUCCUUCUUCACUUUCAGAAGAGGUGCCUGUUUUGGUUCCUGUAACAACACCUGAAAAAACAGCCGGUGUUCAUAACCUACUAGCCAAAAGCCCAGGAAAAGUUCUUUAUUAAGGAGCUUUUCUACAUACUUGGACACAAGACCUGACACUGUAUACAGAGAGCUUUGCCUGAGACAUACCAGUAUUAAAAGUUUUUUUUUUUUUUUUAAAUCUACAAUGUAAAAAAAUAUUAGUAUAAACUGAUGAUGCUGAUGGUUGUUUGUCUUGCAGUACUAUAACUAUGUACUAUUAUGGAAUAAUUAUAGAAUAGUAACUAUGAUAUUGAAGACUUUCCCAAGAUAAUUUCAGUACAGGAAUCAUUAUUAAAACAUGAGCAGCAUCAGAGUGACUUUAUGAGAGUCACUUUCUGUGACAGUACGCUCAUCUUACAUGCAGAUCAUUUUUGUUUUGUUUGGGAGAAAGAAAUACAUCCACUCUGGUCUGAAAACAUCAAGUUGUACUCGUCUUGAGGAGGGGGAUCAUUUGGCGCACAUCUGGAAAAACCAUUUCCUUACAUCUGGGAAUGUGAUUUUUUCCAAAUAGACCAUGAAAAUUUCAUGAGAGCUUUUAACCAUGUUUGUGGACUAAAGCUCAUGGAGAUAUUGUUAGUGUAUGUAUGAGUGGAGAAUGUCAUUGGCAUUUAAUUAUGUUUUUAUACACAGAUCAUUACUACAAUUUGAUAUGUUUAAUGUUUUAAUUUGUGAUGAAAUGCUUAUCUGUAAAAAUAAAGACCCAACACCAUACUGACACAUAUUUUUAAAGUUUAGGAACCAGACUGGUGUAAAUGAAAUUUGGGGGGAAAAGUCAUAUCAAAUAAAAGCUCAUUAGAAGAUCUAUCACUGUCAAAUACAAACCUUUAUCAAAACUCAAAACUGUCAUGUACGCUUAUGUAAUAUAUAGAGAUCACACUCUCCACACUUUUUUUUGUCCUAUUCCUUCCUCUCCAUGGUUCAGUGUCAUUCCUCCUCUCUCCUGCAGGUGUGCUGUAGAGCAGGGUGGCACAUCCAGAGAGCUGGACACCAUUCCCGGACCCUCACUCUUGCCUGUUCCUUGUGUGUGUGAGUGUUUGUGGAUACAAGAAUGGCAGGGUUUAAUCAGUCAUCUUCACUGCUCUGGACUUACCUCUGUGUGGCCAUGCUGGCUCUUCUGGCUGGUGUGUGUCUGGGAGGAUCUGAUUCACCCCGUGGCGUCUCCUUACCUUUUGUGUUCGACCUGAAAGCAGUGUGUGAUCCACCAUGCAGACAUGCUGGGAUCUGUAUCCGAAACAACACCUGCUUGUGCUCACGGGGCUACGAAGGAGAGACCUGCCAGUAUGCUAACUGCGAGCCAAAGUGUAAAAACGGGGGUGAAUGUCUCCGACCUGGAAAGUGCAGAUGUCCUCCAGGACUUGGUGGAAAAUAUUGUGAAAAAGUUGCAUGUGAUGGUGGCUGCUGGAAUGGUGGAGAAUGCGUUGCAGUGAACGGGCAGGCCAAGUGCAUCUGUCCCUCCAGCUGGACUGGAUCCAAAUGUCAAGAAGCAAUCUGUCCUCAGGGUUGCCAGAAUGGAGGCAGCUGUGUGGCUCCAGGAAUCUGCAGCUGUCCAGAGGGAUGGCUGGGGGGAGCCUGUCACAUCGCUGUGUGUAAGAAGCCGUGUCUGAAUGGUGGGAAAUGCGUGUCUCCAGACAAAUGUCGCUGUCGCACUCCGUUCUCCGGCCCUCAGUGCGAGGACAGAAAAAAACUCUUCUGAUCUCAGCACUUACACUCCCUCAGAGCUGGAGACUUGGCCAACAUGGUGCUAUUCAUUUAAGUUUGUUCAUUCACUUGUACUUUUUACAUUUGUAAACAAAUUUAUUACAUUAUGUUAUAUGUAUGCUGUGUGAUUUUAUGACAUUAAAUAAAUUAAAACACAAGUUCGUA